AUGGCCGGCUGGACCGAUUCUGGCGGCAGCCGGGGGCGAGGAGGAGGAGGAGGCGGCGGCGGCUUCUCAAACCGCGGCGGCGGCAACGCCAACAACACCACCAUGUGGAGAGAGAGAACGCCACCGCAGCCGCAGCCUCAGCCGCCGCCGCAGCCUCAGCCGCCGCCGCAGCCUCAGCCGCCGCCGCAGCAACAGCAACAGCAACAGCAUCACCACCAACAACAGCACCAUCAGCAACAGCAACAGCAUCACCACCAACAACAGCACCAUCAGCAGCAGCAGCAGCAUCGCUACCGUCCUGUCAACCACAAUGACCACUCCUCGCAGCACCCGCGCCACCCACCGGCGGGGGAGCUGGACCGACACCAAGGGCAGGGAGGCUCCUCCACUUCCACCCGGCGCCCGCGGCCAACUCGUCCACCACAGCCUCGCCCCACCUUCACAGACCACAAGCCGUCUCCUACCUCCACACCCAAUGCCAACGAACCGGACGACAAGGCCAGGUGCAAUGCUGCCAAUUUCGAGUGCAACGUCUGCUUUGACAUGGCAGACGACCCCGUAGUCACCAAGUGCGGCCAUCUCUUCUGCUGGGACUGCCUCUACCAGUGGCUCCAUGUCCACUCCAACCACCGCGAGUGCCCUGUCUGCAAGGGCCAGGUCGCUGACGAUGCCAUUAUACCCAUCUAUGGACGUGGCGGCUCUGCAGCGUCUGUUCACGCCGCACCGCCGAGGCCCACUGGGGCCAGAGUUGAAAGCUCCAGACAGCAGCAGCUGCAGCAGUUUGCUGCUUCCAACUUGAAUAUGAUGAUGGACGAAGAUGAUGAAGACGACGACCCCUUUCUCGAGGAGAUUAGUCUUCGUUUUGGAGUUAAUUCGCUGAGAGGUGGUAUGAUGAUCAUACCCGAUGAUGACAUCGAACAAGAUUAUGAUGACUACACUGAUCCCUACCUCCACCGCAACUUUGAUGAGGUAUAUGGCCUUGAUUUAAUGCGACUCCCAUUGUUUAGAUCUGCUGACGCCGCUGAAGCCGUGAUUGGCUCUUCCCGGCGACAUGGUCAUCAUAGUGUUUUUUCUGAUGACAUUAUGGAUACAUUCUUUGACAACACAACCCAUCAGGAGCCAGAUUUUGGUUACCGCGGUGGUCGGCGUCAGCGCGGGAGAGCAAGAGGAACAACAUCUGCAGAUCAUUUCAACGAUCACAUCGUUGGCAUGGUGUUGGGGAGUAGCUUGAGGAUCGAGGACAGCAGCGGUGCAUCUUACCGUGACACCGGUGCUGGUCCUCAUCAUCAUAUUAAUAAUACAGGUGGUUCCUCUCGGCCUAAUGGUGGAUGGGAGAGAAGAGGAAGAAGCAACCGUAAUUCGAAUUCCGGUGGUGGAAGAGGAACGCAGAAUAGCAGGAGGCAAGGAGCAAAUUACAAUUGA